GUCGCGUAGUUGUAAUUUACUGCAACUUUUACAUAUAUUUUAUGCCAAAGUUACUUUUAAUUUUCCGUUUACCAACGCAAGCACUCCGUUCUAAGCUCGACGAUGAGCUUAACAUAUAUAAUAUAUAUAUAUUCGACCGCGCGCACGCGCGCGGGCUACACGCAGGGGGUCUGGGUGCAGUAUAGAGACAAUUCAAGCGACAUAUUCAGCAGAUUCAUAUCGAAUAGAUAUCGUUUCAAAGAUUUUAUUAUAUAGAUUAUAUAGAACAUAUAGACGUUCAGUCGCAAAUUGUUGAUCGACGAUCCAGCACAUCCUGAUAGAGGGGACUUUAUUGAAGCAAUUAAGAUUUUCAUUCGAUCAAUGCUGGUCACAGCGCGGUUUCUCCAUUUACCGUUUUUUUUCUGCAGGUCGACGAGACGAGGAUGCAGGUGCAGUCGAGAUACAAUUAACGUACGAGAAGAGAAUAGUUUAUCGCAUAAUUUAAAUAGUCCUCUAUAAUCCACUAUAUUGCUAGAGAUAUCGAGAUAUGAAUUCCAUUUGAAUGAAGCACAAAACUGCGCAACGUGGCUUGACGUUUGACGCUUGACGCGCGCCAGUUGGUUGAGUUGGUUCGUUGGUUGUAGCAACGCGGUUGAAUAGCGCGAUUUUCCUUAUAAUACUUUCUCACUAAUGAAAUCAUCCGACGCGACGCGACGGUCGCGCUUUGUUGUUUCGGGUCGCACCGCGUCGAGAGAACAAGAUUACGCCGAUAUGUAAAGAUCUUUCUCGAUUCAAACUAUUUUCGAGCGAAAUUUAAUUUAGGUCGAUGAGAGAGAGAGAGAGAGAGAGAGAGAGGGGGGGGGGAGAGCACAUUAAUAUAAAGAGCCAUGUUUCCAAGGUUUAUCUUUAUUCGAGAAAUAGCCGAAAACUUGCCGUCUUCGUAGAAUCGAAAGAUACAUCUCACACAAUCAGCUACGAUACUUUGGGUCGCGUAUAUCGUGAUCUCAUGUUGCAUGACCAAAAUCAUUAUCUUAAUAACUCAGAAAGGUCGACAAGAUUUGGUAACGUCUUUGGCAACCAGCGAGAAAAGUAUAUUUCGAGAGGAAAAGGAUAUUUAUUAUAUUUCCGUAGAAUUGUAGGAGGAGAAGCUCUUUAGUAAAACGUACGUACCCGAAUCUUCUCCGUUGUUGGCUCACUCUUCUGCCAGAGUAAUUUUGCGCUGGCUAAUUUAAUUUUCGAACUUAACUUUCGAAAAUUGAAUUAGCUAUGCAGUGAUACAGUGGUUCGCCAAUUCGAUUUCAAGUUUAGGCGCGCGCCAUAUGCGUGCGAAAACGCAUGCAGGAAUUUAACAAGGAGGAAAGAAAGCCCGUUAUCGCAGUCGCGUGUACGAUUGUCUAUAGCAUAUAAUAGCUGCAGGGCUUGCAUCGGGCAAGCUGAUUGUGAGAAAACCAAGCAGACCAAUCGAUCCGAAUAACGAAGAUGAAAUAAGAUCGAGCGCAUGCAGGAUUCUCCAUAUCUCCGCUGUAGAAAAAACGUCGAUCCGAUCGUUUAGCCUUUAGACGUAUGUACGUCUGACGUGACACCGACACCCGCGACUCUGUUAUCUGUAUCUGAAGGGCCCGGACACAUACUUCUGCACAACGCAUAAUGCGUAAGCAUAAGAAAAUUGAUGGGUCCAUACACAUGUGCAUAAGGAAAUAGACCAAUUAGUUUUCUUAUGCUUACGCAUUAUGCGUUAUGCAAAAGUGUGUGCUCCCCGCUUUACUCCUGACGUCCGCCAGCUAUAAUCUAAUCGAAAAUUAUCCGAGAUCCGAGAAUCGAUUGCGAUUUACGAUCGAUUGAAAAUUGCCGAACGGCACGACUGACAACGACAACACGAUUGGCAACUUGGCAAGAAUCGCGAGUCACAACUCGCAACCGCUCGCAACUGGCAACUCGAGUCACAAUAAUAGUUCACUGACGGCACGUCACGUCCGUCGUCCAUCACGAGUCAACUUGGCGUUAGCCAACAAUCGUUCAAGAUGUCAACCCGACUCGGCGAACGAGGCGAGCCGAAAGAGGAGCUACAGUUUAGCAAAAUCUCGGGGUCGCGUCGCCUCCAACACUCGGAUCUAUCACGUUUAGAACGCCUGAUACGCCCGGCGACUCACGAAAUUUUCGGAGAUGUGAAAUUGGAACGACUCUAGUACUUCGAGAUUUGCUGCCUCUCGGUGGUCCAACAUAACGAGAGGCGCGACAUUGUUUCGGGGAUAUGCCUCUGCACGUACCCCAAUGUUCCGUCCGUGCCACCGUACGAUUGGUUGACCUGGUUAAAAACGAUCUACGGGAUCCCCGCUGCCACGGAAAGGAACACAAUGUUCGUACACUUGCUCGUGUGGGACGAGCGUUACUUGAACGAGUUCCUCGCGGAGCUAUUGACUGCAGUUUUCGACAUCACUACCUAUUGCCAAUAUGUGAUCUUCGUGGUACCUCCUCGAGUUACGCCAAGUGAAAUCUUUUCUCUUCUCUCGAUUCUUCUCACACGUCCAUUCACGAUUUGUCUGAGUUGUCAGAUAUAUAUAUAUAUGUUCGUAUUUGUAUUCUCUAGCGAAUUUGAGCGUGUUAUCGCCGCACUUGCGGAAAAUUCACCGAAAUUCCUUCCUACAUCUAUAUGCAACUUGGUUUCGCACUAUUAUUUCGAUUACCUUAAUAUCUUAUCUAUCAUCGUAUGGCGCUAUAGAGAGGAGGACCACGACGACGUGAUAGCGAUCGUCGACGGUGACGGUGAGAGUAUCCCGGUGAUGCACCUAAAGAAGCUUUAUGGAGAGUAUUGCAUCAGUGAGAUGAUUCGUCAUCCGAACAGCUGUCGUCGAUUGAUCAUCGGAGAGGAUCCUACUGACGGCUCGGCUGUGGGCGUCGUGUGUCUCAAUUCCAAGAUCGACGUCGAUCUGCUGAACGAAAAUUUCGAGUUAACGCUGUACAAUGGUCUGAAAAAGUCAUGGAGAAACGACGAAGCGUCGGCGUCGCAGGGAGACGCUCGGUCCGCUGUUCAUGGGCCCAAAGAGAUGCACGCGCCACUCGACAGCCGUCAUAGCGGCGAGAUAAACGUCUUCGUUUUGGAAAUGUUUGCGAUGCGCGAUGGAACGAGGCCGAGGCCUCCCUGGUCCUACGAUUUCCUGGAAGCUGCUUUCGAUUGCUUUCCGCAUUUAGAGUAUUGCGCGAUCCUCCUCCCCUUUUCGCAUCCGUGCUAUCAGUUCCUUCAACAUUUUGUGGUACUCUUGCACAAGUAUUGUAAACCUAACCGACUAGACGUAGACAUACUCGAUUCUCUUUUUCAUCUCGAUAACAAGAAAGUAAAAAACAUGGAAUUUAUCAAAACGAAAAUGCAGCGCGUGCCAUUGAGAUGUAACCGAGAUUUCCCGAUGACGCUGUAUAUUGUACACCGAGUGGUUCUUCGCGAGGAGAUGAGCUGUCGCCGCGCCCGACGACAAGACCGAGAAGCUAUAGAGAAACUCUUGUUCACUGUGCCAACGAGACGCGAGGUCUUGGCUGAUUUUGAUUUUGCGACGGAUCCUUUACGGCUCGAUUUAAAUUGCUUCGUCUUUGAAAGUAACGACACGAUGCUGGGACUCGCUAUACUGUGCGCCGAAAGGCAGGUAAAUUUCGUUACGAGUCAUUACCAUGUAGAGGAUUACGUGUCUGUGCAGAGUAUUCCUCAAGAUGAUUACGGACGUCUCUUGCAUUUCGUUCUCAUGCCAAUUUUUUCCGCUUAUCAUCGCUUCUUCUUCCGCGAGAUCGCACGUUUGAGCGAGUUAACGGUAAUCUUUUAUCGGCUUCGUCACGAGGAUCAGAGCACUGCGACGUGGAUAUGUCCCUUAGUAUCCUGUCUGAACGAUAUGAUUCCGGUUGAUCCUCGUCGACAAGCUGAAUACGAAUUCCCGAUUAUUCUGGAAAAUCUUGAUAACUGUGAAAAUAAUGUAAGAGGUAAAAGGGCGGAUGACGGUAGAUUUUCUCUAUUCGUGACGUCGCCGAGACUAGCAACGAUGCCACGUGUACGUAUCGACGCGAGGAUCGUCGUCGUUGGAGCAUCGGACUGCGGAAUUGCAUUCGCAGAGUAUCUCGCUGUACGAUCAUCGCAGCGUUAUACGCAAUUGACAAACUUUACGCUGAUAUCACCGCACGGUAUACCAUUUGAUAACGAAACGAGUCGCGCAGAGGUGUGUUUGCUUCCAUUCCGAGGGAGGUUUCACUCGGGAUAUCGUCGCUGCAUGGCCGCACGGACUUGGAUCAAUAUCGUCUACGGGACUAUGAUAGCGAUCAACAGGUGGUCUUUCAUACAUCAUGAUAGUCGAUCCUUAAUUAGUUCCUUAAAUUUUGACCUGUACAUCGUACGAGUAUUUUCAUUCGAGUUUCCUCACGCUAGAAAAGAGAAAUACGUGACUGUGAUGAAUCAGGGAAAUUUCGCGUAUGAUUAUUUGGUUUUGACGUGCGGCUUGCAGUAUCGGAACUCGACGUUACGAGAGAAAAUGAAAAUGCAAAAGCAAGAAGGAAACAAGAUACAAGACCAAAUACCAUGGAAUUGUUUGACCGUAAACAAUGACACGGAAGCUUCCGUCUGCUUCAGAAAGAUUCGAUGGUUAACGGGAGAUUUCAAACAAAGGAAAGAGAUAUUUCUUUACGGACAUAAUAUCGAUUGCUACUGCGCACUUGGUGGUUUGAUCAAGCUUGGCGUAAAGCCGUCGUGGAUCACGUUGAUCGAACCGAGCUUUUUGAGGUCCUGCGAGAUGCACGAUCAAGCUUUCUUUCACGAUUACGAAGUGGACAAAGCGGUGACGAAUGCCAUUUUACAAAGCGGAAUUCAAGUUUUUCCCGCAUGGAACAUGAUCGAUUGGGCUCUGAUAGAGAACGACGAUGCAAAGCUCAUGAUCGAGAGUGUCACGAUUGAAAAGGAGGGCGAAACGAAAAAGUUGACUUGCAACGCUCUUUUCAACUUUUACGAGAAAACGAUCGAUUUAAAUGCGUUCUUAGCGUUCUGUCGAGCCGGUCUCAUUUUCGAUGGCUCGCUAGUAAUAGACCCGGAGUGUCGUACCAACGAUCCGUUUAUUUUUGCCGCUGGUACCGUGACGAGAUAUUCCAGAAAGUUUUACGCGGACGCUUGGCAGCACAAACAUUACGAUAGCAUGGAAAUCGGAGAGAGAGUUAGUGUAGACUGUAGAAGAGAGGGCCGCACGCUCUUUCACGUGCGUUUCUUUUCAAUACUUUCCAUCCGUCUGCACCGAAAGCUCGCUCAAAUUUUACGGAAAGCGAUCGAAUGGGACGAGCGAGUUUCCGAGCGAACGUCGAGGAAAGAAAAGGUCAUGUGUUUGACACCCUCGAUAUUCCGUGCGCCUAUCGUAAUCGCUUGCAUUUUACCGGGUGAUUAUUAUUACCUGCAUGUACGUGGACCCGGAGAGACAACCUGCCGUAGCACGGCGAAGAUUAGUCGCAACCACUACGGUCAAGCAUUUGUAACCGGUUCUUGCGAAUCUGAAAUUGGAUACUUUCGCAUCCGAUUGAAUAUGUACGACACUGUGGAAAGUGUAACCUGCGUAAGCAAAAAGACAUUCCGCGUGCAGGACAUGGUCGCUUUAUAUGGGAAACACGAGAGCAUGUUAAACGAAUUGAACGUCCGUUUUCGAAAUUCAUGCAUCUCGGAUUUCUACGCGUACUUUCGUGAAUCUUGGGCCGCGGCGAUUCUCCAUGACAGAUUCGAUUGCCUGCGCGUCGAAAAUCGUGCUACUUUGCUGUCGCGAAUGAACAUUUACGACGCGUGUGAUUUGGUCGACGCGUGCAUACGCAUGCUAAUCGAGUCCAAAUGGAAGACGGUGAGUACGUUUACCUACGAGACGAGUUUAUCAAGACGUUGCCGCAAAUAUAUAUAUAUAUGGUCCUCCCGAGAGCAAGGAUUAAGUAUCGAUGCUCUCGAUAAUAUGAUAAUGCUAAUGAUAAGGAUAAUGAUAAUGAUAAUAAUAAUGAUGACGCGAUGCAAGAGCUCGAUAUUUGCGCAGAUGUCUGAAGAGGAUCAACGUUACAUCGAAUCUAGGUAUGCUGGCUCGGCUUAUCGUCAAGAACUCGAGAACAAUCUCAUGAAUUUCCUCAAGUUUUACGAGAAUGAUCUACCGAUGUAUUGUACUUUGCGUAGACAGCGCCAAAUGUAUAUGGAUAUCGCGGAAAGUCCGUUAUAUUUUGACCAAUAAAACAUUUUUCACAAAUUUUCUGAAAGGUAAAAGGAUUCGUGGAGCGAGAGAACUAAUAUAGGAGAGGGCCGAGAAAGAAAAUGUAGUAUUUAAUCAUCUUCCACCUUCUCUCUCUCUCUCUCUCUCUCUCUCUCUCUCUUUCUCUCGCAAAUAUAAAUGAAAAUGGUGUCGAAAACAAUGAAUAUCAAUAUAUCGCGGAUCGUUAUUAGGUUCCCCUUGUAUAAUCUACAACUGCUCGCAACGCGUGCGAGAGGCUUCUUAGCGCGGUGUGUGCUGCAAAAGUCGCACUGCAUGGAGUCGAUAUAAGAAAAUUGAAUAUCUUUAUAUACAAUUAGUGACAAAGCACUACGUAAAUUUCCACUCGACCACGUUGAGCAGCGUGCUACAUCAUACGCAUAGACGCAUAUAAACGCAUAAACGUUUUCUGAAUUAAAAUAAUGAUAAUAUAUAUAUAUCACAUCCUCGCUAAACGAGUCCACGCGUCUUAUACCUACCUAUACCUAUAAUAUACUUGCUACGCGAUUCCAUCAUUCGUCGUAGGUCAAGUUUAACAUUCCGCCGAGUCGUUCGUAUUUCGUAACACUCGUAAAUGCGACUACUGCAACUCGCACGUCGCAAUGUCGCCGCGCCUACGCGGUGCCCUACCUUUAUAUUAUACGCCUUACCUUUCGCGAACGCCAUAGUAUGUAACAUACGUAUAUGAAAUGUCGAUACAAAGGAGAAACAAACGAUGCAAUAGUGUAACCAACGACUCGAUACGACGUUUAUUCUAAUAUUUCGCGGGCUAUAGCGCGGAUUUUUCGUAGAAAAUUGUCACCAUUUACUCAAAGAAAAUAUAUAUCGGUUUGCGAUCGUCCGUCAUAUUCGUUCGCUGCUCCCUAUACAUUUAUACACGUUAUGCCAAUUAUAUACAUAUACAGAUUAUACAUAUAUAUGGAUAUAGUCUUUUCUCUCUUUUCCUUUUCUUUCAAACCUUUUCCUUGAACCCACGCACGUGGGCACGUGCCGCGUGUGCGUGGCACGGUCUGUUUAUUGUAGAUUUCGUCAAUCUUUUUGGUUUAUUUCGCAAAUAAAUCUACGUGCAAGUGUCGCCGUUGCCACGCUUUUGAAACUCGUCCAAAAUCUUGCUGGUCUUGAUGAUGUGUCGGUCAUGGUCGUGCUACUUUUAACUUAACUGCUGGCUUGCCUAUCCCUGUGUACGAUCUAUAUACGCGGACGUAUCUAUUAUAUGUAUAACGUUUCGUUUAUUAAUAUUAGGCGUUUAUCACGAAUAAAACGAGACGAAAUCUCUCUCACUCUCUCUUUCUCCUCGACAGUCGAAAUAUCGUAAAUACUCCAGAUUUUCGCUCCAGAGAUUAUAGCUAUAUAUA